UCCUCCUUCUCAUGCACAUAACCUAAACAAAAACACUCUCGAUCAAUCGCGAAGAAAAAAAAAAACUCUAUUCAAAACAACUCGAUAAUGGCGAGUAAAGGCGAAGGUCCAGCGAUCGGAAUCGAUCUCGGCACUACCUACUCCUGCGUCGGCGUGUGGCAGCACGACCGCGUCGAAAUCAUCGCCAACGAUCAAGGCAACCGCACCACUCCUUCCUACGUCGCCUUCACCGACAGCGAGCGUCUCAUCGGAGACGCCGCCAAGAACCAAGUCGCUAUGAACCCUACCAACACCGUCUUCGAUGCUAAGCGUCUUAUCGGAAGAAGGUUCAGCGACCCCUCCGUCCAGGCGGACAUGAGGCACUGGCCUUUCAAGGUCAUCUCCGGCCCAGCUGAGAAGCCCAUGAUCGUCGUCAACUACAAGGGAGAGGAGAAACAGUUCUCAGCUGAGGAGAUAUCCUCCAUGGUCCUCACAAAGAUGCGUGAGAUCGCAGAAGCCUUCCUCGGCACGUCCGUCAAAAACGCCGUCGUUACAGUCCCCGCUUACUUCAACGACUCUCAGCGUCAAGCCACAAAGGACGCCGGAGUCAUCUCGGGACUCAACGUGAUGCGCAUCAUCAACGAGCCAACCGCUGCGGCCAUCGCCUACGGUCUCGACAAGAAGGCGUCUAGCGUUGGGGAGAAGAACGUGCUGAUAUUUGACUUGGGAGGUGGGACGUUCGAUGUGUCGUUGCUCACGAUCGAGGAAGGGAUCUUCGAAGUGAAGGCGACGGCUGGUGAUACUCAUCUCGGUGGUGAGGAUUUUGAUAACAGGAUGGUGAACCACUUCGUUCAGGAGUUUAAGAGGAAGCACAAGAAGGAUAUCACCGGGAACCCGAGGGCGUUGAGGAGGCUGAGGACGGCGUGCGAGAGAGCCAAGAGGACUCUCUCUUCGACAGCGCAGACGACGAUUGAGAUUGAUUCUCUCUACGAGGGGGUUGAUUUCUACACGACUAUCACGCGCGCGAGGUUUGAGGAGCUGAACAUGGAUCUGUUCAGGAAGUGUAUGGAGCCGGUGGAGAAGUGUUUGAGGGACGCGAAGAUGGAUAAGAGCAAUGUUCAUGACGUUGUGCUCGUUGGUGGGUCCACUAGGAUCCCUAAGGUUCAGCAGCUGUUGCAGGAUUUUUUUAACGGGAAGGAGCUUUGUAAGAGUAUUAACCCUGACGAGGCUGUUGCUUACGGAGCGGCUGUUCAGGCCGCGAUUUUGAGCGGGGAGGGGAAUGAGAAGGUUCAGGACUUGUUGCUUCUUGAUGUUACGCCUCUGUCAUUGGGGUUGGAGACUGCUGGAGGUGUGAUGACUGUUUUGAUUCCGAGGAACACGACGAUUCCGACGAAGAAGGAGCAGAUCUUCUCGACUUAUUCGGACAACCAGCCUGGUGUGUUGAUUCAAGUCUACGAAGGAGAGAGAGCGAGGACGAAGGACAACAACCUUUUGGGGAAGUUUGAGCUCAGCGGCAUCCCGCCUGCACCACGAGGCGUUCCUCAGAUCACUGUCUGUUUUGACAUAGACGCCAACGGUAUCCUGAACGUGUCGGCUGAAGACAAGACGACUGGUCAGAAGAAUAAAAUCACGAUCACCAACGACAAGGGAAGGCUGUCCAAGGAAGAGAUUGAGAAGAUGGUACAAGAAGCGGAGAAGUACAAGGCAGAGGAUGAGGAACACAAGAAGAAGGUGGAUGCGAAGAAUGCUCUGGAGAACUACGCGUACAACAUGAGAAACACGAUCAAGGAUGAGAAGAUCGCGUCUAAGCUUGAUGCAGCUGACAAGAAGAAGAUCGAGGAUGCGAUCGAUCAGGCUAUUGAAUGGUUGGAGGGUAAUCAGCUGGCGGAAGCGGAUGAGUUUGAGGAUAAGAUGAAGGAGCUCGAGUCUCUCUGCAACCCAAUCAUUGCGAGAAUGUACCAAGGCGGUGAUAUGGGUGGAGCUGGUGGCAUGGACGACGAUGCUCCUGCCGGUGGUAGCGGUGGUGCUGGACCCAAGAUUGAAGAAGUUGAUUAAGUUUCUAAGCUCUAUUGUUAUUUUGAAUUUGCUUUAAUGUUUCAGUCGUCUGCAUGUUUUGUUAAGCUUUUCUCUAUGUACUUGAAACCUGGUUGCUUUAAGUUGCUUUAA